UCGGCCCGCUGAUUGGUGCAUCCGGGAAAGGCGAAAAGGAAACGUGUUCUGAGCCGAUCCCGGAAGGGCCCUUCAGAGGUGGGCGCCGUUCUCUUUGCAAGGAGCUCUGCAGAAAUGGAUUCCGAAGCAGUUACAAAAUACUCGAAACUGCAUGCUAAACCUCUGGGACUUUUCCUCCAAUAUGGAACGGCUGGAUUCCGUUGCAAGGCAGAAAACCUCAACCAUGUCAUGUUUCGUAUGGGACUGCUAGCUGUCCUGAGGUCCAAGAAGACCAAAUCCACUAUUGGUGUGAUGGUUACAGCCUCUCAUAACCCUGAAGAAGACAAUGGCGUUAAGCUGAUUGAUCCUUCUGGAGAGAUGUUGGCCCCUACCUGAGAACAUGCUACAUUCUUGGCGAAUGCAGAAGAGCCCCAGUUACAUUGUGCCCUGACUGAGAUCUGUCAGAAGGAGACGGUGGACCUUCAGAGCAAAGCAUUUGUUGUGAUUGGUAGAGACACCCGGCCAAGCAGCAAGAAGCUUUCACAAUCAGUAAUUGAUGGUGUAUCUGUCCUUGGAGGUCAAUAUCAGGACUAUGGCUUAGUAACAACCCCACAGUUACACUAUAUGGUCCGUUGUCACAACACUCAUGGUACCUAUGGAACGCCAACAGUGGAAGGCUAUUAUCAAAAGCUGUCCAAGGCUUUUCUGGAGCUUACAACACAGGCUGCUUCCCAGACGGAUGGCCGUGGAGGACUGAAGAUCGAUUGUGCGAAUGGCAUAGGAGCCCUAAAACUCAGAGAAAUGGAACCCCACCUUCCAGAAAGCCUUACAAUACACUUGUCCAAUGAUGGGAGGGAAGGGAAGCUCAACCACAUGUGCGGGGCUGAUUUUGUCAAAGUUCAUCAGAAGCCUCCUGUAGGACUACAAAUGAAUCCUGGUGAGAGGUGCUGCUCGUUGGAUGGUGAUGCUGACCGAAUCGUUUACUACUAUGUAGACACUGCUGGCCAUUUCCAUCUUCUGGAUGGAGAUAAAAUAGCAACUCUAAUCAGCACUUUUCUUAAAGAACUUCUGAUAAAGGCCGGACAAACCUUAUCUUUUGCAGUAAUACAAACAGCGUAUGCCAAUGGGAGCUCUACUGGUUAUCUGGAACAAACCAUGAAGGUGCCUGUUCACUGUGCCAAAACAGGAGUGAAACAUUUGCAUCACAAGGCCCAGGAAUUUGAUAUUGGAAUUUAUUUUGAAGCAAACGGUCAUGGCACAGUAUUGUUUAGUAAGGCUGCAGAGGAUAAGAUAAGAUUCCAGGCAAAAGAAGAAAAAGAUAUCCAAAAAAGAGAAGCUGCAAAGAUGCUUGAAAACACAAUUGAUCUGAUAAAUCAGACGGUUGGUGACAGUUUCUCCGACAUGCUUGUGAUCGAAGCGAUCUUGGUGUUGAAGAACCUCACAAUUGCACAGUGGGAUGCUCUGUACACAGAUCUCCCAAACCGACAGCUCAAAGUGAAGGUUGCUGAUAGACGGGUCAUCAGCACGACAGAUGCUGAAAGACGAGCAAUUGCACCUCCAGGGCUGCAAGAAAAAAUCGACCAUCUGAUUCAGAAGUUUAAAUUGGCUCGGGCAUUUGUUCGUCCAUCUGGAACAGAAGACAUAGUUAGAGUCUAUGCCGAAGCUGACUCCCAGGAGAAUGCAGAUAAACUCGCCCAUGAAGUCUGCUUGGCUGUCUACCAUUUAGCUGGCGGAUUCGGGGACCCACCCAAGGCUGUUUGAUGAAGCAUCACACUUGGAUCUGAAUCAUGAAAUUCUGUCAUAUAAAAUCUUUAUUAGCUGAGACAUACUCAACAUUUAUUAUUGUAAAAAAAAAAAAAACACUAGGAGUUUUCUGCUUCCUGUCCUUGGAAAUUUCAACUUCAAAAUGCUUUUCAGAAAAUUUCAAUCAGGGCAAUCCUAGAGUUGGAUUGUAGGUUCCUAUAAUCCCUAGGCAAAAUGUGGACUGACUGGCUGAGAUUGACGGGACUUUCAGUUUAAGCCAGCUGGAAAAGCGGCUGCUGGAGUAAAUGUUGUACCAUUUUAAGAGCAGACUUCAAUUCCCACCAUAUACAACCACCAGAAAGAAAGCUACAGCAAAGAAACUUGUUUGCUGUAAGUUAUGAAGAUGUGUAGCAUUCCAAGAUCUCCCAGAGAAACAACAUUCUGUAGAAGCACUCAAAUAUUUUGGGUGCAUGUUUGAAGAUGUUUGCCAUGUCACACUUAUUUGCUUGUGAACCAGGAACCCAGCAUUGUUGGUGAAGAUAAUUUAGUAAAAAGAAAAUCUUGAUGA